CCUCCUUCAGUGUGUCGUGAAUCGAUCAGCUCACGAGAUCUGGGAUUAAACACUGCUGAAUCCUUUAGAUCUUCCGAUUUUUCUGUAAUUCAAGCAGAAAAUGAAGGUAAUUGAGAAGAUUCUGGAGUCUACGGCGGCUGGAGAUGCCGGAAAAGUUGUUUUCUCCUUCGAAUUCUUCCCUCCGAAGACGGAGGACGGUGUCGAAAAUCUGUUCGAAAGGAUGGAGCGAAUGGUGGCGCACGAUCCUACAUUUUGCGACAUUACAUGGGGCGCCGGUGGUACCACGGCGGAGCUGACCCUGGAAAUAGCGAGGAGGAUGCAGAAUAUGGUGUGUGUUGAGACGAUGAUGCACUUGACGUGUACCAAUAUGCCGGUGGAGAAGAUAGAUCACGCGUUAGAGACUAUAAAGAAAGAUGGGAUCCAAAAUGUUUUGGCGCUUCGAGGUGAUCCGCCACGUGGGCAGGAUAAGUUCGUUCAGAUCCAGGGUGGGUUCGCUUGUGCUCUCGACCUGGUUGAGCAUAUCCGCAAGUCGUAUGGUGACUACUUUGGCAUAGCUGUUGCUGGCUAUCCAGAGGCACAUCCUGAAGUCAUUGAAAGCAAUGGCUUGGCUACCCCAGAAGCAUAUGAAAAGGAUCUUGCUUACCUCAAGAGAAAGGUUGAUGCUGGAGCCGAUGUGAUUGUCACUCAACUUUUCUAUGAUGUUGAUAAUUUUCUCAAAUUUGUGAAUGAUUGUCGGCAAAUUGGAAUAACCUGUCCCAUUGUUCCCGGCAUUAUGCCCAUUAACAACUAUGGUGGCUUCAUUCGCAUGACUGGUUUCUGCAAAACUAAGAUCCCAUCUGAAAUCACUGCUGCUUUGGAGCCCAUCAAGGACAAUGAGGAAGCUGUUAGAGCCUAUGGAGUUCACCUUGGUACUGAAAUGUGCAAGAAAAUUAUGGCUAGUGGAAUCAAGACAUUGCAUCUUUACACACUCAACAUGGAAAAAUCUGCAUUGGCAAUAUUGACAAAUCUUGGUUUGAUUGAAGAGUCCAAAAUUUCGAGGCCACUACCAUGGAGGAGACCUACUAACCUUUUCCGUGUUAAAGAAGAUGUUAGACCUAUUUUCUGGGCCAAUCGUCCAAAGAGCUACAUAUCGAGGACUAUCGGUUGGGAACAAUACCCGCAUGGGCGUUGGGGCGAUUCUUCUAAUGCAUCAUAUGGAGCAUUGACUGACCAUCAGUUCAUGCGACCACGUGCCCGUGACAAGAAACUUCAGGAAGAGUGGGUAGUCCCUUUGAAAAAGUUCGAUGAUAUUUCUGAGAAAUUCAUGAAAUACUGCCUUGGGCAACUAAAAACUAGCCCAUGGUCCGAACUAGAUGCACUUCAGCCAGAGACAAAGAUCAUCGAUGAACAACUAGCUUCUAUAAACCUCAAGGGUUUCCUUACCAUCAACAGUCAACCGGCCAUUAAUGGAGAGAAAUCCAACUCUCCAUCUGUCGGAUGGGGCCCUGCGGGCGGGUACGUUUACCAAAAAGCAUACGUAGAGUUUUUCUGCUACGAAGAAAAGUUAAAGGCUCUCGUGGAGAAAUGCAAGGCGAACCCUUCACUCACGUUCUUGGCUGUGAACAAGGAAGGGAAUUUGCUUUCUAAUGUCGGGAAAAACGACGUGAAUGCCGUUACAUGGGGAGUGUUCCCAGCUAAAGAGAUCAUUCAACCAACCGUCGUUGAUCCUUCGAGCUUCUUGAUAUGGAAGGAUGAGGCCUUCGAAAUCUGGUCAAGAGGAUGGGCGCAAUUUUAUCCCGAGGAUGACUCUUCCCGAUCACUUCUCCAAGAGGUACAAAAGACUUCCUACUUGGUGAGCUUGGUCGAUAACGAUUACGUCAACGGCAACUUAUUCGCUGUUUUCAAGGGUUUCUAAUGAAUCUCGAGAGAGAAAAUGAUCGUGUUACAUUUUAUACUUCUAUAGUUUGACGUAUUUUUGUCUUCGUAACGUCCGUUGCAACCGAUUUAUUUAUUUCGAUUGAAGAACGAGCGGGUGUUUUACUUCGUAUAAUGUACAAGUAUUAAUGCAUUAUGUAUCAUCGUGUCAUUGCUUAUAAGGUAGUAAUCUCUAUUUGUAUGGUUGGAUUUUCAAUCUCUUGUGGAAAUGUCAUCAUGUUUUUGUGAA